AGUAUCGCACUGCUUAGUACAUAGGAGCAGGGGGCGGUAUAGCGUUUAUUGCGCACUCAGCCAGGCCUCUCCCCGGCCUAUACCCCGCUCCCCGCCCGCCUCUCCGAUAUGUAAGAGCGGACACGGGUCCUGGCAGCCACUUCCACCGACUCCAUUCUCGGCGCUGCCAUCACUUCCCCAAACAGGCAGCCGGCUCCCUCCUCUUCCGCCCGGGCUCCCGCCUCUCCUAUCUGACUGCCACCGGAGCCGGGCAGCGCAGCCAUGCGCGACUACGACCAGGCUAUAGCCUUCCUCGGUGAGUGGGGUCCGUUCCAGCUCACCAUCUUCUUCCUGCUCAGCGCCAGCAUCAUCCCCAAUGGCUUCACCGGGCUGUCCGCCGUCUUCCUGUCCGCCACCCCCGACCAUCACUGCCUGGUCCCCGACACCGCCAACCUGAGCCAGGCUUGGAGCAAUGUGAGCAUCCCCUGGGAGCUGCACAAUGGGGAGCAGGUGCUGAGUAAAUGCAGGAGGUACAGGCUGGACACCCUGAGUGAGUACUCCGCUCAGGGCUUGCUCCCUGGGAGGGAUGUCAAUGUGAGUGGCAUAGAGCAGGAGAAGUGUCUGGAUGGAUGGACCUACAGCAAAGAGCUUUAUCUCUCCACCAUCAUAACAGAGUGGGAUCUGGUUUGUGAAAAUGACUGGAAAGGGCCGUUAACUACCUCGAUGUUUUUUGUGGGAGUUCUCAUUGGUUCCUUUGUUUCAGGACAGAUCUCAGACAGAUUCGGAAGGAAGAAAGUCCUGUUUGCUACCAUGGCUGUACAGACUGGCUUCAGCAUUGUGCAAGUCUUUUCCGUAAACUGGGAAAUGUUCACGGUUUUAUUCGUCAUUGUUGGUAUGGGACAGAUCUCCAAUUACGUGGCUGCUUUCAUACUUGGGGCUGAAAUCCUUGGCAAGUCGGUUCGGAUUAUAUUCUCUACACUUGGUGUCUGCAUAUUCUACGCUAUCGGCUACAUGCUGCUGCCUCUAUUUGCUUUCUUCAUCAGAGACUGGCGGAUGUUACUGUUGGCCCUAACAAUCCCAGGGCUGUUCUGCAUUCCUUUGUGGUGGAUAAUCCCAGAAUCUCCCAGGUGGCUAAUCUCUCAAGCCAGAUUUGGGGAAGCAGAAGAUAUUAUACGGAAAGCAGCCAAGAAAAAUGGCAUCACACCGCCAGAAACCAUAUUUAAUUUAACAGAGUUAGAGUAUCUGAAGGAGCAGGCUCCCAAGGGUCACACGUUUCUUGACCUGUUGAAGACUAGGAAUAUUCGCCUGAUAACCUUUUUAUCUAUUAUGCUUUGGAUGAUCAUAUCAGUUGGAUACUUUGGUUUGUCUCUCAAUACACCCAAUUUGCAUGGGGACCCUUAUGUUAACUGCUUUCUGUCAGCCAUUAUUGAAGUUCCUGCAUACAUAAUAGCAUGGCUGCUGCUCCGAAGCUUCCCUCGCAGAUACUCCACGUCAAGUACACUGUUUUUGGGUGGAGUUGUUCUUCUGUUUCAGCAAUUGGUGCCUCCAGAGCUUGGGAUCCUGUCCCUUGUGCUGGUUAUGCUGGGGAAGUUUGGCGUCACGUCUGCUUUCUCCAUGGUCUAUGUCUACACUGCCGAGCUCUACCCAACCGUAGUGAGAAACAUGGGUGUUGGCGCCAGCUCGAUGGCCUCCCGAUUGGGCAGCAUCAUAUCGCCUUAUUUUGUUUACCUUGGUGCCUAUGACCCGCAUCUGCCUUUCAUCCUUAUGGGAAGCCUCACAGUCCUUAUUGGUAUAUUUACAUUGUUUCUCCCAGAAAGCUAUGGUAUGCCUUUGCCAGAUACCAUUGAAGAGAUGCUAAGAGUAAAAGGAUUUAAAUAUAAAGCAGGAAAAAGAUUGACAACAAAGAAUAAUGGGAAUCACAAGAUACUUUCAAACACUGCGUUAUAGGAGACAGAAUAUCCACAUCAUAAGAAAAUACAGAUCGCACAUUAUGAACGAUGUUAUUUAUUCUAUCAAGACUUACAGAAAAAUCCACUUUGCUGCUAGUUACCCUGAAUAGCCCACACCCCUCCAGCACUCCAAAGGAAACAGUGCAUUACUGGCGGGGAGGAUGCAUUCUCGAUAUAGGUUUGUCUGCUUCACAACACUAAGUAAACAGACAUUACACGGUUUGGUACUCAUGCCAAGGAUUCUUAAGUAAAGAAGGGUUUGUAAUCAAUAUUUUACUGUAGCAUUAAUUGUUUGAGAAGAGAAGCUGCUGAGCAACAAAAAGGCUCUUGAUGUAUUAUUGAUUCUGUAUCUGACAUUACUGUCCAUUAUACUAUAAUAUGGAUUUUGCUAGCACCAGA